AUGGCGCUCAAAGCAGUCUACGAGCGAUUCCUCUCCUCCCCAACCUCUGGCGCCCUGAGCGCCGAUGUCUCAGUCAACUACAUCACGACCACAACCUCAAUCACGGGCAGCGAACAGGUCCUCAAGCAUCUGAGUAACCAGGAGAAGGCAGUCAAGAAAAAGGGAGACAAGAUCCUCGGCAUCGUCGAGACUCCGGAUACUGUUGUCCUGGACGUGGAGACUACACUGGAGUUUGUGACUGGGGGUGGGGCUUAUCUGCCCUCGCUGGACGAUAAUUUCCUAGCCGACCGCGUAGUGACUUUUCCCACGAUACACAUUGUUCACUUCAAUUCGCAAUCCCAGAUCCAACAGGUCAGAGUCUAUUGGGACCAGGGUUCGCUCUUGAAACAAGUCGACGUCAUCGGUUCUCGUGGAAAGAAUUGGCCCAUUCGCGAUGCUAAGGAUCAGUUGAAGUUGAUUGCCAAUGUAGCAACUGCACAGGGUAUCACCACACCCCCGCCCCAAAAACACGUCCCCGUCGCAGUUGGAAAAGCGCCUGGUUCGUCUAGACCUCCUUCGCGCUCGCCCAGCGAGAUUUUUGGCGGCAGUGAUGACGUUGAGAACGAGCCCACUCCUCGCGCUCGCGAUAGCAUCAUUUCGCCUCGAGCUGGCGCUGCGAAGCACUUCCGACCUGUCCGUGUUUUUGGUGAAGACGAUGAAGAUGUCACUUCAAGCCCCAUCAAGCCCAAGAUUGGUUCGAACAAGGGAUUCCAACCCGUGCGCGUAUUCGACGUAGAGCAACAUGAAGCCGAAGUCGCUCAGCAGCCACGAGCCGGAGCGACUAAGAACUUCCAACCCAUCCGUGUCUUCGACCUAGGCGAAGAUGACGCAGAACCCGAAAAGGAACGUCAAUACAAGACCCACCCCAAUAAAUUCAACCAUUUCGAGAUAGGCGCCGAGGCCAAUGCCGCGCGCGAAGUCAAGGACAUUCCAGCAGUUCGCUCAGGGCCCAUGUCUCAAUGGGACUUUGCGGAUUUCUAUACGCCAGAGAAGCCGCGUCAAAAGGUUCGUGCGCAGGACGUGCGCCAUUUCGGCUGGAGUGACAACGAAGAAGAGAAUAUCGAAACACCCCCCGUCCGACCACGAGUCGUCCAACCACGCCGUGACGCAGAGACGCAUUUCCUUCUCGACGAGACGGACGACGAGAACAACAAGCCCGAGCCUCUUCACCCAGGUAAACGCAUGAUCGGCUCAUUCGGCAACAAGGGUCAAGGAUUGUAUGACAACAAUGUAUACGACGAAGAAGGAAACCCAACCCCCAAACAACCCCUCGGCACCGUCGUCAACAACAUCCAUCGCAAAAAGGAUUUUGAUUCCCACUGGGAAGUUCGCGACCCAACUCCAUCUGAUAUUGCGGCAGCGUCUGCCGAAGAGAAUAUCGGCAGGCGGCCCGUGAGCAGUGAUCGUGUCAAGGCCGUCAAGAUGAUGGAAUCGUCAUGGGAUAAGUUUGAUGAGAACGAUGCCGCCGAUGAUGCGAAGCAGACAACCACCACCGCGUUGCCGAAGAGGAUUAGUCGGGCUGUUUUUCAGCCCAGUUGGGCUCUUGGUGAUGAGUGA